UUAUUUUUAUUUUGUAGGCUGGCGAAAUUUCAUUUUGUGGCAAAUAAGAGAAAUUAAGGGAACUUGAAGAAAAUUCCUUUUUUCUUCUGGGUUUAAUUAGAUCAACCAAAAAAAGCUUAAAUGUGGAGGGGAAGUGCUAAGAAUUUUGUAUUUUUCUGAUAGUAGUGCGUAAGUCACAAUAUCUUGCUGCCUCGGGAUUACAAGCAAAUUUGGACCCGAUUGCUUCCCUACUCGAGGAGGUGUCACAAUUUUCCUGAAUUUUUUUCUUGAAUAUUUUUGAUUUUUUUGCCUAAGCAAACUUCACAAAUUAUGUUUUUUCCAAGCUGGUUUUUCACCCCUACAAUGUUUUUUUCCACCCCUACAAGACCGCGUAAAAUAAAUUAAAUAGAGUCGAGACCUCACGAAACAAAAUUUCGCUUAUCCCGUUUGUAUGUAUGUGUUUUGACGAUUUUACAUUUUGACAAAAAAUUUUAAAACAAAUUUUCUUCAAUUUCCUUUAAUUUUGUGUAUAGUCUGCCACGCGUAAAUGAACAAACAAGUUUUUAAUAUAAAGGGGGGAAAGGCAACAGAGGGAAAGAGAAGAGAAAAUAAGACAAUUGGGCCAAUUUAUUCAAUUUAUUUUUUAAAUUUUAUUUUCUUCCUUUUAUUGAGGGAAUAUUAUUUUAAAGACAAAAAAAGCUAAUUUUAAGUUAAAAAUUUAAAGAUUAAGUAAAACACAUUGUUCGUUGAUUGUUAACUUUUUUCCUCUUUUUAAAUUCUUCCUUUAACUCUUUAUUAGAAAUUUCGGCGCGGAAAUGUUUUGGCGCGGAAGUAUAAAAAUGCCUGAGGGGAUUAUAUUUAAUGAUGAUUUUUUCCAUGAAUAUUCCCCAUACUUUUAGCUCUCUUCCUGUAGAAUUUCAAAAUUUUUUGUUAAAAAUUCCAAAAGUUAUGUGAGGAAAACUAAAAAAUAUCGUAUUUUUCAAGGGUAAAUAGACCAUUUUUGACCAUAUUCUAUAUAAUUCUGGAUCAAAAAUUCUGAAAUUUUUUGUCAAGUUAGGUAGCACUAUUGAGGCUAACUGGUGAAAAUUAUAUUUGAUUAGGUUCAUAUUUGACAAUUUUUUACAGCCACGCCUUAACGCCCUUAAGUCCAAUUCCCCCUCUUUUUUUCUUUUUAAUAUUAUUUUUUUCAUAAAUAUUUUAUUGGAUAACUUAUCUUAUUUUUGUUUC